GGGAAAGGGAGAGCGGUGUCCGGGCACUGCAAGGCGGGAGCGUCCUACCUCGGUAGCGCCAUGAGCAUUCCGCCCAGUCCCCUGCCUGGCAGCGCGGUGUAGCACCGACCGGGGAUGCACGUACUCCUGACAGGGGGCGGGUCUGAGCUAUGGAAGGGGUUCUGUACAAAUGGACAAACUACAUCACAGGUUGGCAGCCUCGCUGGUUUGUUUUAGACAAUGGGAUUCUCUCCUACUAUGAUUCACAGGACGAUGUGUGCAAGGGCAGUAAAGGCAGCAUUAAAAUGGCUGUUUGUGAAAUUAAAGUUCACUCAACAGACAACACAAGAAUGGAGCUGAUAAUCCCAGGGGAGCAGCAUUUUUAUGUGAAAGCAGUAAAUGCGGCUGAAAGACAGAGGUGGCUGGUUGCCUUAGGUAGUUCCAAAGCUUGCCUGGCGGAUAACAGAACAAGGAAAGAAAAAGAAAUCAGUGAAACCAAUGAAUCUCUGAAAACCAAAAUGUCAGAACUCCGUCUUUAUUGCGACCUGUUAAUGCAGCAGGUUCAUACUAUUCAGGAAUUUGUUAAUCACGAUGAGCACCGUCCAUCACCUAGCACUGAGAAUAUGAAUGAAGCAUCGUCUCUGCUCAGUGCAACUUGCAAUACAUUUAUCACCACGCUAGAAGAAUGUGUCAAGAUUGCGAAUGCCAAAUUCAAACCAGAGAUGUAUCAGCUGGUGCCACACGAUGUGUCCGCUGUGUCUCCUUCUCCUGUUCAAAUGAUGAAGCGCUCUAUGAGCCACCCAGGCACUUACAUUUCUGAAGGGGGCAGCCAGUCCUAUAAGGAUUCAUCCUUCCAUCGGGCAACUCAUAGACGGCGAAGUGCUUAUUCUGAUACAGAAACCUGUAAUAACGAUGUGUUUUUAGAAGAAAUGGAAGGGCCUGCACAUUGCUUAAAGACAGGGAUCAAUGGGGAUUUGUCUCCAGCAAACGUCCAGGAAGAAAACAGACAAAAGUCUAAGAAGCUCUGCGAAUCGGAGAAUUCUCCUGUGUCCCUUUCGUUCUGAGGGUACAGAAGGACAUUUGGGUAUUAGACUUUGCAGGAGUCCUGCUAUGCAAAGACUGCUCGUGCUAGACUUUUGUGAGUAACUGUCCAACCCGUAGAUGGAUUACGCUGCACUUUAUAUUAUAAUGGGACUUUGACGUUCAAAUUUUAUCUUUGUACAGUCGAUUUCUGAGAGUAUUUUCCUACUAACCUUCACAGUUUGAAUGCUUAUUCUCGAUCAAACAGCUCUUUUACAUUUUGGAAUAUGCAA